AUGACAGUGGCAAGUUCAUAUCGUUUCGAUCCACCUCCACCACGCCCGAGGAAGAAGCGGGCAGUGGUUCGUCGUGACCGUGAAGGUGGAGCCGAGCGCCUCCAUCGCGAUUAUUUCGCCGUCGAGCCUGUUUAUGGGCCACAAUUCUUUCGCCGUCGAUUUCACAUGAGCCGGGAGUUGUUUCUACGCAUUGUCAAUACGCUAGAAGUCGAUCCUUACUUCCAACAACGUCCGGAUGCUGUUGGCCGCUUAAGCUUCUCCCCGAUUCAGAAGUGCACUGCCGCUGUUCGACAAUUGGCAUAUGGAACUUCUGCUGAUUGUUGUGACGAAUAUCUCUAUAUAGGAGAGUUGACGGUGUUGGAAUGCUUGAAGAAAUUCUGCAAGGCCGUCGUUCGUAUCUUUGGCGGCACGUAUUUGGGGCGGCCAACAACUGCCGAUGUGCAACGCAUCACUGCAAUGCACGAAGCCCGUCAUGGGUUCCCGGGAAUGUUGGGGAGCCUAGACUGCAUGCAUUGGGGAUGGAAGAAUUGCCCUGUGGCUUGGCACGGCGCCUACACUCGAGGGGAUCAAGGCGAGCCAACAAUUAUAUUAGAGGCCGUUGCUUCACAAGAUUUGUGGAUCUGGCAUGCAUUCUUUGGAGUUGCUGGGUCCAACAACGACAUCAACGUGCUUCACCAGUCCACGCUAUUCAACGAUGUUUUAGCGGGGCAUGAAGUGGUUGUGCACUUCCUCGCCAACAAUUCUCACCACACUCGAGGAUACUACUUAACAGACGGCAUCUAUCCGGACUGGCCGGUGUACGUGAAGAGCUUCCAGUUUCCGAACGAUGAGAAGAAGCGGAGGUUCAAGGUGAUGCAAGAAGCUGCAAGGAAGGAUGUGGAACGAGCUUUCGGUGUUCUUCAGGCUCGGUGGGCACCACCGGAGUUCGCCGCCUAUUUGGCACGGAAUGCAAGCUUGAAGGAUGCACGAUUGCAUGCUCGCCUCCGCGACGAUUUGGUUGAGCAUAUAUGGGCACGCUUUGGUCCGGUUGACCCGUAG